UCUCGCUCUCUGCCUAAUUCGUCGAAACGAGGAAAUGUGGAGGUGAUUGGCGCUGUCAGACAUGGUCUCCGAAUAGUGAGCUGGUCUCACACGUAAAAUCAACCACAACUCCCCAAGAUCCUGGGAGAACGCACUUGACCUACUGCUUCAUUCAACAUCAUAGAAGAAAAACAUGACAUCGUGGCAACAAGAAGUGCCGACCCUGAGGGCAGAUAUCAAUGGCGAGGUUCUCCUCCCCGGCGAUGAGGGGUACGAAGAAAGUCUCGUGCGAUGGUCCAUCGUCUGCAUCAAACCAGCGGGUAUAGUCAUCAAGCCAAAAUCGGCCCAGGAUGUCUCAGCAGCGAUCCGCUUCGCCACAAAACACGACAUCCCCUUCACCACCUACGGCGGAGGCCACUCCACCGCAGGAACCUCAUCCUCGGACGGCGGCAUGGUAAUCCACCUAGGCAACCUCCGCGACGUAACAGUCGACGCCUCGAAGCGCCUCGUCACCUACGGCGGCGGCUGCACCUGGAAGGACGUCGACACCGAGACCUGGAAACACGGUCUCGCGACCGUCGGCGGCACGGUAUCGCACACGGGCGUCGGCGGUCUCGUGCUCGGCGGCGGACAGGGGCUUCUGAGUGGACUUUACGGUCUUGCAGUCGACUGUCUUGUGGAAGUGGAGGCUGUUCUUGCCGACGGGUCGAUCGUCACGGCGUCGGAGACGGAGAAUGCGGAUCUGUUUUGGGCUCUGCGCGGCGCUGGGGCGAGUUUUGGUGUUGUUACGAGGUUUACUUCUGAGGUGUUUUCGCAGGGGAAGGUGUGGUAUGGGGCUCUCAUGUUCGCCAACUCUCAGCUCCCUGAAUUGCUCAAUUGGAUGAACGAGUUUGUGGAGAAGAUGGAUGGGAGACAGUUCCUCAUCAUGGGAUUUGCGUACGGUCCACCGGGGCCCGAUGCGAAGCCCAUGAUUGUCGUGCAGCCUUUCCACAACGGAACUGGGCAAGAGGCGACCGAAGGUAUCUUCAAGGGGCUCCUCGAAGUAGGACCGCUGGUGAACAUGGCGACUGAGAUGGACUAUCCAACAGCCAACACGCUCCUCGACGAGCUCCAAGGCCCCGGCGCAAGGCGACUGAUGGGCGGUACGAACCUCACAGCGCCAUUCGAGCUCGCAAAAUGGGAAGAGAUGAGCAAGGAAUUCUACUCGCGCGUCAACGAGGAGACGGCCAAGGGGAACGACAUGCGAGGUAGCAUCCUGGCCGUGGAAAUCUACAAGAAGGACAACGUGGUCAGCGUGCCGUUUGGGGCGACGGCGUAUUCGAACCGCGGGACGUACUUUGACUGCAUGGUCUUGACAUGCUGGACGGACCCGGCCAAGGAUGGGAUGAUCAGGGGCUGGAACCGGGCUUUGGCGGCGAAGAUCAAAGGGGAGAAUCACACUGGCGAGAGGGGCGGUGUUGGACAGUAUAACAAUUAUGCGAGCAGCGAUGUUGGUGUCAAGGAAGGGUUUGGGGAGAAUGCGAAGAGGUUGGUGGAGUUGAAGGGGAAAUAUGACCCGGAGAAUCGGUUUUCGCGUAGUCCUUGGAAGAUUGUUGCGUCGUAAGGGGGAGGCAUGGCUUCAUCACGAGAUUGGGGGUCGGUUCAUGGGCCCUAGAUUAACAAAAAGCCAAGUCAUUCCCAGGCGAUACAUUACUUUACGAUGCCAAGGCAAUUCACGUUUGCUGGACCUUAUUCGGAGAUUCCGUCCAACACGGCUGCAAUCCAGAGAGCCAGCGUUUGAGGCACAUGAGGCCGGUGUCGUGAGAGAGAACCUAACCUGUCAGGGUUACUCGAGGGCCGCAUACCUGCUAAGCCCAGACUCGAAACGUCAGACCAUGUUAAAACAUGAGUCGCUCCGUGCGAAACUGUGAGACGCAACGUAGUGGUUGAAAGAAUCGAGCUUUCGAAGCAAAUCAAGCAAGACUUCUCAAGACAAAGAAGCAACCGGAACGAAACGUGCCCCUUUG